ACAAACCCUGCGUCACAAGCAAAACCCUUGUUUCUCACUGAGUGCCGUCACUUCACAGUUCACACCUCUGAGUUCUUGAACUUCUACACUUUUCAUCACAAUCGAUAAUCGUUUGAUGAUAGAUACACUCUUAUCAUCACUGUCAUUGAUCAUCAUAUCAAGAUCCCUUCCAACGCCUCACGAUUACACUGGUUUCUUUAAAUUCCGUUAAAUUCACUUCAUAGAAUUGAAACUAAUUUCAAAACAACAUUGACGGCAAUGGCAAUCUCUCAGUUUCCGAGCCGUGUCGAUUCUGAAUCAGAAGAUAAAGUCUCUUCUUCUGCUGCUGGACAGAAUGUAAUUGGUGGCGAUGAUGGCUUGUUCAACCUUGCAGACGAAGUGUUCGACCAAUGUUCUCAAUGUGAAAAUAGUGAAUUAUAUCCACCACUGUCUUCAGCAACAAAGAAUAAUAGCCAAAAGGAUAUUAAUGAUGAGCAGCAAAAACAAAAUAAAAGAAAGAUAUAUCGGCCCAAGGUGGUCUCUGAAGAUCCCAAGAGAACAAAGAAAUCUCAUCCUCAAAGCAGUGCCACUCCAAAACCUUCAACUCCGAAGCCGAGAAAAUCUUAUGUCAAAAAAACUCCCAAGUGUCGGCGACCAUUAUUUGAUGAUGGUGGAGAUUUCGUCUCUCUUCCAUUUUUGGAAAAUUUCAAUGAUUCACCCGUUGAUCAUGGUGGAUUUGGGAAUUCUACUAUCACUAAUGAAUCUGCCGUUGAAUAUAACUCGCUGCAGAGUUAUCAGAAGAUAAAUUCAUUGUCAUGUUUAUCUCUAGUUGAGAGCAGAAGAGUUGGAGGAAAUUUUCCACUGAUGUGUAAGCGGAAAAGAGUUAGAAGACAAAGAAUGUGUUUGGUAAAAGUCUUAACCCCUUUUGCAAAGGGGAAAAGAUCAAGUCUUUCUAAGAAAAAGAGAAAAUGUUUUGAAAAUUUACACAUAGAAGGAAGUUCUAUAUCGAGCAGACAAAUGAGGCUUAUACUAAAUGAACUGAACUCUUUGAAGAAAAAAGAUCAUCAAAAGAUAAAUACCCUAAAACAAUCAGGGGAGUUAGUUAUCUAUAAACAACAAUCUCCAAGAGUUGAUGUAUUGUUUGAUGAUGAUACAUUACGAGUAUGGAAUUUGCUCCUUGCUGAAAGAGGACACGAAGAAAAGGAUGAACAAAAACGUAUUCAGUGGGAGAAAAUAAGAAAGUAUUAUCAGAAUUUGGUUCAAUCAUUCUUAGAUCAGAUGCAAGACACCCAAGGUGAUAGAAGAUUCUUACCGUGGAAAGGUUCAAUUUUGGAUUCUGUGGUUGGAGUUUUUUUAACUCAAAACGUGUCUGACUAUUUGUCAAGCUCUGCAUUCAUGUCACUUGCUGCUCAUUUCCCUAUCAAAUCAGUUAGCUGUGAAAAAGAUAACAAUAUGGUUUUGUUGGAUCCUAAGUUUGAUAUAGAGAUGAAAGAUGGAAAAGGUGAAGAAAUGGAAGUUGAGAAAGUCAAUGAAUAUCUCAAAGUUGAUGAUAGGGGAACUGAAUGCAAUUCUGCCAAUGAAUAUCCCAAAGUUGAUAACAGAGGAGCUGAAUACAAUUCCACCAAUGAAUAUCCCAGUGUUGAUAACAGGGGAACUGAAUACAAUUCCGCCAAUGACUAUCCCAAAGUUGGUAAGAAACAAACCCCAACUACAAAAAAGACCAAGAACCAAGAGGAAAAAGAGAUGCUAUUGGAAAAGAAACGACAAUAUUGGGAUACACUAAGAAAAUACCACAGUGAUAAGCCUCGGCACGAUGAUCACAUGGAUUUUGUUGAUUGGAAAGCAGUAAAAGACGCAAAAGCUGGCGAAGUUGCAAAAGCUAUUGAAAUUCGUGGUCAACAUAGAAUUAUUGCUGGCAGAGUAGUGGAGUUAUUGAAACAGUUAUAUUCCACCACUGGAAACAUGGAUCUAGAAUGGCUGAGAUAUAUUCCACCACUGGAUGCAAAGGAAUAUCUUUUGAGCGUACGUGGAUUGGGAUUGAAAAGUGUGGAAUGCAUAAGACUUUUAGCACUUCAACAUAUUGCUUUUCCGGUGGAUGUAAACGUUGCAAGAAUCGUAGUACGUUUAGGAUGGGUUCCUCUGCAACCAUUGCCAGAAUGGAUGCAAAUACAUGAUUUAGAGGAAUUUCCAGAUUCGAAUAAAAUUCAACAGUAUCUUUGGCCAAGACUAUGCACUCUUGAUCAUCGUAAAUUGUAUGAAUUGCAUUAUCAGCUGAUAACAUUUGGAAAGGUUUUUUGCACAAAGAAACACCCAAAUUGCAAUGCUUGUCCAAUGAAACAGACGUGUUUACAUUAUCGAAGUUCCCUUGCAAGCAAAAGACUUGCCUUGCCAUUCAAUCCAUAUUCUGAUAUGCUAAACAACCCUGCACUGACGUCUGUUCCGAAUGAAAUUAAAGAAUGUGAGCCUAUAAUUGAGAUGCCUGCAUCACCGGAAGUUGAAACCGUGGAGUUGGCUGAUUUUGAAACAAAGGAUGACGAGGAGAUUUACCCUGAUUAUAAUAACAAAAACAAUGAAUACAUUGAAGAUGACAUUGAAGAUAUGGGAAUAGUCGACCUCUGUACUCAAGAAUCAUCAUGCUUGCCAAAGACCGUCAAUAAUUCUUUCGAUGGAUUUGACCAUGACAUGAAUACAUCAACGGCUAUAGUUGCUUUACAUCCUUAUGCUGCAAACACCCCUUUACCAAAAAUGAAAGAAGCUAGCCGUCUAAAAACCAAGCGUAUAGUUUAUGUUCUCCCGGAUGGUCACCCUCUCCUAAGAGAGCAUGGGCAUGCUCCUCGUGUACAUGACGAUCCUUCCCCUUAUCUUCUUAUGGAAUGGCUAAAAGCGGAAUUAGAAAGCUCGGGUGAUUCAAGUACAUCUGACUUGCAAAAGGAAGAUAAUAGCCAAACAGUUCCUGGAACACUUCUGAUACCAUGCCGAACUGCAAUGAAAGGGUAUUUUCCCUUGAACGGAACAUACUUUCAAAUUAACGAGGUUUUUGCUGACUUCGCUUCAAUGAUAAAACCGAUUAAUGUUCCCAGAAGUUUGUUAUGGUCUCUAACGAAACAGAUAGCUUAUUUUGGUACCGGGACAUCUGCCAUUACAAGAGGUAUGUCAGCUGAAAAAGUUAGAGAAUUCUUCAACGAAGGAUACAUUUGUGUGAGAGCAUUUGAUACAAAAACCGGAGCUCCAAAACCAAUAUCAUCCCUGCUGCAUCUCAACACAACUGCUAGAUUUGAAAAAGAAAGAGUUGAAAAAGAGAAAAAGGCAGUUGAAAAAGAGAAAAGUGAGUCGCCAAAUGAGUUAUUAGCUGCAAAUCAUGACAGGAAUAUCAUGACCUAUGCAAGCAUAGUGUAAAAUUGUUUUUAAUAGUACAUUUGGAUUAUUAUUGUUUUUUUUUUUAUAUCUGUUUAAAGGUGAAUAAAUGAGACGUCGUUGAUUCGAAUCCGCGUCUUUGUAAUUGUAUUUCUUAUAGGUGAACAAAUGAGAUGUCGUUGAUUCGAA